AUGAAAAGAUCUGCUGCCGUAGCUGGUUUCAUAGAGAUAGGCGACGGCACAUGCCGCUUGGAGCUGGCCAACCUCACCGUGGCAACGACAACGACAUCUGGGACGACGCAGACGACAUCGACGACAGUGCCUCUCCCCACUCCACAGAGCCUCUUGGACCAGGUCUCAACUGGUGCCAUUUGUGCACACGAGAGUAAGAUCGGUCUCACGCCGCGACAGCUGCAGAGCCAUAUGUGCUACUUGCAGAACAAGCUCUCGUUGACUGCCGGCAUCUCUGGCGGUUGGUCUGAGAAGGCUCAAGAACUACUACUUCGUUGGUUCGCAGCACCGAAGAAAGGGGCUAAGAGUUCCUCCUCAAAGCCAUUGGCGAUCAAGGACGUGGAGCAGCCGUCUUCUUCCAAGACCCCAGCGGCCCAAGCGAGCAAAGACGUAGAACAGCCCUCUUCUUCCAAGACCUUGGAGAACAUGGACCAUGAGCAGCCCCUGACGGAGAAUGGAGAGACUCCCCUGCAAGCCACUGCUGAGUCCGAUCAGGCGGAGUGCGCGUCUACUUCUUCGGAUGACUCGUCCAGCAGCAGUUCGCUUCCCGUGAUAGAUGUUAGUCAAUGGGGGUCCGAAUGGCAUGACCUUUGGCAGCAGACGACUGUCUUGAAUCGGCACUGCGCCGGUUCAAACAAACGGACACAGGCAUUGAAGAAUCUCUUCAAGAGCAUCUAUGCCGCAAAGCAUCGCUUUGAUGAGGUAGAUUCGGAUAGCUCCUGA